CCUCAAAACACUGAUGAGAGGAUCCUGUUCAGACCACUUCCACCAGACCGCGUCUCCGUCUCUACGUCGCAUGGGAGCUCCCCAGGACGAGCCCUACCUACUUUCGAUCACCUCCCGCUCUGCCCAGAGCUCUCGCGACGACUCAUCGAGCUUCACGUCUGCGGUAAUUGCAGCUUCGGCAUCCAGCCCAUUCCAGUGCUUAUAGCCGGACGUAUAUCCGAUCUAUAGACAAUUCCUUCGUGAUGCCGGGUUUCAAGGUCAAGGCCAUCUACGAAUACUCGUCGCCCCACGAGGACGACCUCACGUUCGCCGAGGGACAGAUCAUUACAGUCACCGAGGAAGAAGGAGAUGAUUGGUAUGUUGGUGAAUAUGUCGAUGAGACCGGGACCAAGAAGGAUGGGCUGUUUCCCAGAAACUUUGUAGAACGCUACGAGCCCGAGCCGCCUCCACGGCCGAACAGAGUAUCACGACACAAACCAUUGGAGCAACCCGAGGCACAAGCUCCACCGACGCCUGAGAUACCCAAACCAGAGCCUGCUCAAGCUCCCGAGGAAGAGUCAGAGGGUCCUAAGCCGCCGCCAGCUUCCGAAUCACCGAUUGAAACAAAAUCCCAGCUGCCUCCUACGUCCCCGAGUGAGCCGCCAUCGGUCACCACUCCGCCGCAAGAAAGCGCACAGCAGCGCCCGGAGCCUCCUAAACCAGCUGAAGCCCAGCCAGCACCACCGCCCGCGAAGAAGAACCCCCCACCAGUUGCUGCAAAAUCGAGCUCUUUCCGCGACCGUAUCGCCGCUUUCAACCAGCCUGCAGCCGCUCCAAUUGCUCCUUUCAAGCCUGGUGGCGGACCGCCGAGCAGCUUCAUUAAGAAGCCUUUUGUAGCCCCUCCCCCAAGCCGUAAUGCCUAUGUGCCCCCGCCACCGCGUGAACAGCCGCACAUCAGGACGUAUCGUCGCGAAGAAGACCCCGAGAUUGCAGAGCGCCAAGCGCAAGCUCAGGAGAAUGCGGAGCGAGCUGGGCUGGCCGCUCAUGGCGGUCCUACGUCGGAAACUUCGGCGGAAGAUCUGCCCAAGCCCACCAGCCUGAAAGAACGCAUCGCACUCUUGCAGAAACAACAGGAAGAGCAAGCUCAGCGAGCUGCGGCACUCGCUCUUCAAAAAGAGAAGCCCAAGAAGCCGGUCAAAAAGAAGAGCGAGGGUCAGGAAGGGAAUGUCCAUGGUGACGACGGCACGGCCCCGGAGCAGGUCACUAGCACCGAAUCGCGAGUGCGUGGCUCUAUAGAUCAGCAUCGCGCUGCGCGCGCUGCACCGUCCCAUCGUGAGCAUUUGAGCGAUGCCAACGACGCUGAUCAGUCUGGAGCUGGAGAAACGGAAGACGCCGAAGGAACGUCGACCGGUGUCGAAGAUGACGAGGAACGAACUGGGCACACUGCUGCCGUCCCACGGGCCCCGACUGCCCCCGUCAAAGAAUCAGACGUUGGUGAUGAAGAAGGCACUCCAGACGAUGAAGAAGAGGAGGAAGAGGAAGACGAGUUAGACGCUGAAACGAGACGCAAGCUGGAGCUGAGGGAGAGAAUGGCCAAGAUGAGCGGUGGUAUGGGCAUGCCUGGUAUGUUUGGAGGUCCCGGCUUGCCCAUCGGCGGUCUACCACCCAAAAAGAAGCCUGCCUCCAAAAAGUCGACCGGAGACAGCGAAGAAUAUGCCACUCCUCAGCGCAUUCCUAUGUUCGCGAUGCCUGGAAUGCCAGUCAGGAGUCCUGAACCCGAUGAUAGCCAGCCGGUCGUCGAGAAAGACGACCAGGAUCAUCCACGGGUAAGCCAUGGUCGGGCUCCUGAUGAGGUCCCUGACGUUGAGGAUGUGACGCCGCGACCUGGAAGGACACCGACCAGAGAGAACCCUCCUCCGGUCCCCGCAGAGAGGCGUCCUGUUCCCCCUCCUGUCCCCACGUCAGAGCGGCCUGUGCCUCCUCCUAUCCCUUCAGCUUCCCGCCCUAUUCCACCUGUUCACUCGCCCAGCCCUGGAUCAGAGUCUGGUGACGAGCUGACAGAUGUCCCUGCACCUCCGCCAGGUGAUGAUUCGUCUCCACACCCUCCCGCGGCCGCGCCGUCAAAACGGGGCUCGUAUCUUCCCCCCGACGAGUUGUCCCUAGACUCUUCGGAGAAGCGAGUGCCACCCGUUCCGCUCCCAGGCCUGCCUACAUCUCCAUCCACUGCCCGUGCUCCUCCACCGCCUCCACCAACUGCUGCACCCCCUACACGCCAGUCCACGGUAGAACAAGUCCCGAAGAAAGCCAGUAGGGUCGACCGCUUGGGAGGCGAGAGCGAGUACGAAGGUGACUAUGAUACUGAUAUUGCCUCAGGGGCGACCCACAAGGAUGCCCUGAAGUCGCACGCACGCGAAUCCAGCAUAGACGAGAGCACAAUGGCGGAUGAUACUCCCGUUCAUUCCCCGACAACGUCAGGAGUGCCACCGCCUCUUCCUCCAUCCGCUCCUCGUGCGGUCCCGCCACCCCCACCACCAACGCAGCCUCCAAGGGCAUCUGUUGACGCUCCACGUGCUGCACCACCACCUCCGCCUGCUCCCCAUUCUCCCCGUGCUGACUAUGACGACGAGUACGACCCGUAUCGGUACACCUCUCCACCUAGUGUUCCCGCUCCAGUCCCUCGAGAGGUGCCUCCUGUACCACAGAGUCAUCCUCCUCCACCACAAAUUAGGCCACCCCCGCCUUCCGCGCCGCCUGCUCCCCCAGCGCAUCCGGCACCACCACCGGUUCCUGUCUCAACUCAUCCUGAAUCAUCUGAUGAGGACGACCUGUAUUCAGCACCUCCCCCCAGGAAGUCGCACGACAGACCGCCGCCUCCGCCGGCCCAAUCUCCUCCUCAGCACCAUGCACCUCCACCCCCUCCACAUCAACCUCCUCCACCGCAAAGGCCUCCGCCUCCGCAGGAGCGCCCAGCGCCGCCUCCCCAACCGCACGAGCCGCCUCAGCCAGCUCGGGCACCAGUUGGUCGAAAAUCGCUUGAUGUAAAUCGAAUGACUCAGGGGCGUACAUCCAUGGAUCAGUCACGCCCGUCGCACAGUCAAGAUUUCAUCGCAAGUGACGUCGAUUUGGGCGCAUCUUCCCACUGGUGGACGCAGCCCAGCAUGCCACCUCCAUCCCUGCAGGGCCGCAAAGACAUCUUGAUUGAGGUGGAUGAGUCACGCGACGGCAACACGGUAGAGAAGGCCGUUUUCAUCCUUUACAUGGAUUACUCUCAGACCGUCAUCACCGCACGCUUCGAUGCCCACAAUGUCUCCGAUGUUCAGCUCGAGCAGCGACACGAUGCACCUCCAUCUCGCCUACGCCAAGAUCAACUGGAGGCUGCACAUGAACAGUUUGGUGUUCGCAUUGCCAAGGAUGUGGAGUCGAAACAGAAUACGGUCGUUGGCGACGGCACACCGCAUGGCCUCAUUCACGAACUGCUGCGCCCAUAUAAGGAUGUGCUGCGUCCCGUUUCCACUCGUGCUUUCGGCGCCCUUGUCUAUGUCAAUCUGGCAAACGCGAGCACGCAGCAGUACGACGAGAUCCGCCCUGGCGACAUCAUCUCCUUCCGUAAUGCGCGAUUCCAGGGCAAGCACGGUGCCAUGCAUGCAAAGUACUCUGCCGAUGUGGGGAAGCCGGAUCAUGUUGGGGUAGUGGUGGAGUGGGAUGGGUCGAAGAAGAAGGUGCGGGUUUGGGAGCAGGGGAGGGAGAGCAAGAAGGUCAAGCAGGAGAGUUUCCGGAUGGGGGAUUUGAGAAGUGGAGAGGUGAGGGUUUGGAGGGUUAUGGGGAGGAGUUGGGUGGGGUGGAGUUAAUGGAAAGCUGCAUGGCCGGAGUCUGGACUGAAUUAGAUGGGAGAAGGGAAUUUGAGGCGGUUUGGUGAACCAGGCGAAUCAUGAGUGAGGGUUGAUAAUGGGGUGGCCAGCGUUUGCUUUGAGCGAGCAUUGAGCGAUACCGUAUGCGUGAAAUUUGCGUCGUCUAGAGUAGUGUUGGCGUGGCGCGUUGUCGGUAGUAUGUAUAUGCAGGACAUUGAAUCGCGGUUCCUACCUAGACUUGUCCAAACGUGAGUUCUAUCUGUGCAUGUUUAGGGU